AUGUAUUCUUGCUCUCCAGACCAGUGCAAAAGCAGCUACCAGGUGGGCUUCGACAACUCACUUCGGGUCACGUACGCCAAUGGGAUGGACACACACUACCAGACUGAGCCUCACAUUCUGGCAGGAGCCGCCAACCCGACAGUGGCCCGGCGCAACAUGAGCUUGCCGGGCGAGAGCGGGCAGAACCUGGUGGAGUGGCGUUUCCGCAAAGAGCAAGCCCGAGGGAAGGUCAUCGUGUUCGGACGCAAGCUGAGGGUGAAUGGACGCAACAUCCUCUCCGUUGAUUACGACCGCACCCUGAGGAUGGAGAAGAUUUACGACGACCACAGGAAGUUUCUACUGAAGAUCAUAUAUGACACAGCUGGGCACCCUGUGCUGUGGGUGCCCAGCAGUAAGCUGCUGCCGGUCAACGUGAGUCGUACCAGCAGCGGUCAGAUUAGCACUCUGCAAAGAGGUCCUACAACAGAGAAGCUAGGCUACGACACCCAGGGCCGCUUGGUGUCUCGGGUGUUUGCUGACGGGAAGAUAUGGAGCUACACUUACCUCGAGCGGGUAAGUGAGAGAAGCUUAUUAUCACUGAUGGACAAAUAAAUCGUAAAAGUAAAAAAAAAAAUAAAAAAUAAAAGACCACACAAGCUCUGACCAUGUGGAGCUGAAGGAUUAAAGUUUUUCCUGUGUCAUGACGAGCCGUCAGAUUUGGCUGCCAUCCUCCAUUCCACCAACAAGCGAUGACAAAA